UUUUGCAUAAACAAAAAGAGUUGUGAUGCGGUGUAAACAAUCACCGGCCAAAAAUCAAGUGAGUAAUUUGAUCAAAAUGUAGUCGAUGCAGAAGACUUUGAACGGCCGACCAAACAGCGAAGUAACGCAGUAAUAAAGACUACAGAUUCUAGCAUGAUGGGGUGCUGUACGGCAAGAUGUACACUGAUGACUAUUUGUGCUCUACAAAUGCUUGCCUCGGUAGAGCGCUUCGUCUUUGACAUGGUGGGGUUCAUGUGGACGCCGGUUCUGGUCGGAGUCAUCGACAUCAUUGUCAUUUUAUUCGGCAUGUUUGGUAUUCACCAGUACAGACCCAAAUAUAUUUACUUGUACGGUAUUUGGCACAUCCUUUGGAUUGGUUGGAACAUCUUCAUCAUAUGUCUGUAUCUAGAAGCAGGGGUCCUCACGUUAGAAAAGAAUGGCAAUAUUCUGAGCAUGGGUACCGGCAGUGACAGCUGGUGGCUAACGCAUGGCUUUGGCUGUGUCGUCAAAACAAGAUCAACGACUACGAUUGUUGAAGGCACCACCACAGUGGUCGAAGACGAGCGACUGUCGGUCACGGGCUGUGUGUUGGAUGGACGGUAUACGGAGGUCAUACAUGCUGGCGUGCAGAUCUUAUUAGCGAUUGUCGGAAUAAUUGGUGCUAUAUUGGUGAAUGUGAAGUUUGCAGAAGAAGAAGACAGCUUUGAUUUUAUUGGCGGGUUCGACUCUAACUACUCCAGCUACAAUUCUCAUGCCCAGCAGAAGGAGUCUUCAGAUGUCCCCAUGCAACCUGUAUACAUACAAAGAGGUAUCCACUGAUCCUAUCUCUACUCCAGGUAACCAUGGCGAUGGAGAUGGUAUCCAUGGCGCCCGUAUCUAAGGUGGAAAUCUGGGCAAAGGUGCACGGCCGUUCUCGCCAUUAAAA